AAUAGAAACCAAUUUAAUCGACGAUACGUAAGUUACUAUUCUAAAACAAGUUAAAUAAAACCGUUUUAAAACAUCUAUUGGGAACAUUAAAACAUGAAUUUUGUACCUUAAUCUGCUCGGAAUACCGUCAUAGCCUAUUAGUUUAUAACAACUUUUUUAAUAGUAUCAGAACGUGUUAUCGCACAGCUUCUCCAAAAAACAGGUUAAACGUGAAUGAUAAAAAAUCCCGAGACUGUUGACCCUAUAAAUAUUUAAACGAAGUUUACAUUAAUUUUGGUCAGUAUCUACAGAACUGUGUUAGAAGUAUAUUAAAACAAUGGCAGUUUCCAAUACCAGUGUUCUCCUAAUCUUCCUAGUAACUCUUGUGACAAUUGUUACUGGCCAUAAUAGUUUUAAUUACGACGGAGGGUAUAACCAUGGCGGGUUUAGCGGAGGUUAUGGUUACGAUCAAGGUUACGGUGGCUACGGACACAGUGGACAUGGUGGAUAUGGAGACUAUGGUCACGGACAUGGACAUGGACAUGGAUAUGGUCACGGCGGAUAUGAUCACGGCGGAUACGGUCACGGUGGAUACGGUCACGGUGGACACGUUCACGGUGGAUACGGUCACGGAAGUCACGGACACGGUGGAUACGGUCAAGAUGGGUUUGGCCAAGGUUAUGGAGGUUACGGUUCCUUUGGUGGAUAUUUUAGACGUUAAAAAUUAAUUUAUUUUGUUAAUGUUACCUCUUGAUUAUUAAAUCUUAAAACUAA